AUGGUGCUGUGCUGCAUUUGCGGGGUCGUCUCCUCAGCCGAUCUCAGCCGGCUCUGCAUCAAAUAUGUCACCAAAGAGUUGGAUGUACCCCUCUCUGCGGCGGUGCAAACCGGAGCACGCUGUGUGCAAUGCCUGCGCAACGAGGUGGACGUGGGUGCCAACGUGAGCCGGCGUGGCACGGUGCAGCAUUGUGGUACUUGUCAAAGGUGGCUGAGGCCUGGAGGUGGCUGGGCCAUCGCAGAGUGGGAGAGCCGUGAGUUGUCCCUUGAUGGUGGGACGGUCGUGGCGUUGGCCAUCUGCCUCAAAAGCAUCAAGGGCAUUGGGAAGGACCUUCAACUGGUCAAUGCGAGUUUCAUUUGGACCGUGCAAAGCUCCAAGGAGAUCAAGGUGAAGCUCGAACUGCAGCAGGAGGCCAUAGCGGGUGUCCUGGUGCGACAGUCCGUGGUGGUGGAGCUGCGCGUGCAGAAUCUUCAAUGUCCGGACUGCAAAAAGAGUUACACCAAGCACUACUGGGAGAGCUCCGUUCAGGCCAUGUGUUUGAUGGCUUCUCCCAGAGUCAAAGAACUGGCAGUGGGGUCAGUUUGGAGUGUUGCUUUGAACAUGUUUGAACCGUUGCCACGGCACUUCCACUUCAGCAACUGGCUGCGCGCUUCGGGCGACCCAUGGGUCGGAAAGCCGCCCUUGAAAGCAGCCAGAGCGGUUCACUUGUGUCAGGGUCCUCGCGUGAGCCGUCGUGCAAUGGCUGGUUUCGACAAGCCCAUUGACGUGGUCGAUCCUCACUUCCACUUCUUCGACGUCCGAGAGGAAAGCACCUCGGGCCACGAUCCAAAGAUCAUCGGGCCCAUUGCAGAUGGCAAGGAGCUCUACGACAAGGCGUGCUACGAAGCACAGAUGCGCACGCUGCCGCCCGAGCUGCGCCACCGCGGGGGGGUCUUCCUGGAAGCGGUGAGCGUUUGCCACCCCGACCUGAGUGGUCCAGACUACUCGCUCCACUGCCUGAAGGAGGCGCGUUUUGCCACCGAACAGCUCGGCGAUACAGACAAAUACGCCGUAGUAGCAACCUGCGCCCUAGAACAGGAGGACUUAGCGGAGAUGCUCGGGAAGUUGAAGCGAGAAGUUCCAGGCCUUCGGGGCAUUCGCCAGAUCGCGAACCAUGAGCCCAGCUGGCCGCGGAAUCACCGACUAGGCGAUCUCUUGGAGAACCCCCAGUGGCAGCGGGGCUUCGCGACCUUGGAGGGGAACAACCUCAGCUUCGACCUGCAGCUGAAUCCGCAUCAGUUCCAAAAGGCAGCCGAGCUCUUGGGCAAACACCCAGAGACCAUGGUGAUCAUCGACCAUCUGGGCAGUCCCUUGAUGGAAGAUCUGCAGGAGAAUGCCGAUCAGUAUUGGCGCGGAUUAGAGAAGCUUGCGGCGUUGCCAGGGACCUUCAUGAAAAUCAGCAUGCUCAGCCGCUUGCACCCCAGCUGGCACGAGCAGCCGCUGGUGCUGGAGGCCCUCCACCGCAUAGUCCGCCUCUUCGGGCCCGGGCGCUGCAUGUUCGCCAGCAACGCGCCGGUGGAUGGUAGCGAUGGCUGGGGGCCGGAGCGGGUUUUCCAGGCCUUCCUGAAGUUCUCUGAAACUUAUCCCCGCGAAGAUGUGCGGGAACUCUUUGCGGGCACAGCGAGGAGAGAAAAUGCCACGAUUCCGGGCUUCCGGGCGAAUGACUUGAUGACCAAAGGUGAGACAACGCUCCGAGUUGGGCACCAAGAUCACCAAACCGCGGGGCAAAGCAUUGCAGAUGGUUCACGACAUCGAAAGACCUUGAUGUUUCUGGAGCAGUUGAUCCUUCAGCACAAGGCGCAUAAGAACAUGAUCCAGUUGCAGAACGUCAAGGAUGGAUUGGAUUUCUUCUUCCACCGGGAACGCGAUGCUCAGGAUUUCGUGGCCUUCUUGAAGACCUGGGUGGUGGCCAAGCACCAGGAAUCCAAACACUUGGUGAGCCACAACGCGCAGAGCACCACGUGA